CCCGGACCUGGGCUUGAACCGGGUGCACUCUCGAGGUAGGCCUGGCCUGAGCUCCGGAGUAGGCCGAGGAGGCCCGGGCAGUGCCAUGCCAUGCCCAGGGUCGGGGUCCUCUCGCGACCCGGGCGACAAGGACCGACAGCCUGCCCCAGAAACCAAGGCCAGCCGCGGGCUCCGACCCCUCGGCGCGGCCCGGGAGUAGGGGAGACCAAUGCCGAGACUGUCGGCGGUGACUCAGGGACCAGUUGCCUUACUCCGCCCGGGUCGGGCCGGUUUCCUCCAGGAGCCCCCGUCCGCAGGGAGCCGGUGUCCGGCCGGCUUGUCGGCUAGAAGCAAUGGCUACUUGGGGGGCGUGAGAAGGGGACCUGCCUACCCAUGAGGGAGGCGACACCCAUUGGACAGUGUGUCUCGGGACCGGGCGGCCGGCCCUGAUGGAUGCGUGAGAGGGUACCCCGAGCCUUCCCGGGCCCCUUCCUCGCACCUGAAACAGAUUAACCGCUGCCGAACCAGGCCCGGAAUUCUUCAUCCAUUUAUUCAGGCUUCUCGACGGCACUGGGUUUUUGGGUUAUUUAUUGAGAGCCAACUAUGCUGCAGAUACGACCCUGACCAUUUGAUCAAAGUAGGUGACAGGAAGCACAAGUAAACCAGUAAAUAAACAAGGUCGUUGUGGCCUGUUAGUUUUAGAAUUGGGUUUGGGGGCAGGAAGAAGAGAUCUUAGCAACCUCCACGGUUUCCUUGUCCGUGAAAUGGGCAUCAUAGAAAUUUCUACCUCCUAGGGUUGUGAGGACUAAAUAGGGUAAGACAGGUAAACCUUCUGUAUGCAGGACUUGAUUUGUGGCUAAGUAUCAGACCCUCUGACAUUGGGAGAAAACAUGUUGCCAAAUAAUAACAAACCUUUCCAGAGGUUACAUUUAUUACCUUACAUAUUCCUCACUGCAGCCCUCUGGAGGAAGGCACUUUUAUUAUCCCCAUCUUCGGUCUGAAAAUAGCGAGGGAAAGCCAAACUGGACCGUUCACAGAAUGACACCGGCUGGCAACGAGCAGAGAUCGAGUCCAAGGACUGCACGGCUGGCUCACCCCUAGUAUGGCCAAUGAAGAGGAUGACCCAGUCGUACAGGAGGUUGACGUGUACUUGGCCAAAAGUCUGGCAGAGAAGCUCUAUCUGUUUCAGUACCCUGUGCGCCCAGCCUCGAUGACCUACGAUGACAUUCCACACCUCUCAGCCAAGAUCAAGCCUAAGCAGCAGAAGGUAGAGCUUGAGAUGGCCAUCGACACCCUGAAUCCCAACUAUUGCCGCAGCAAAGGGGAGCAGAUCGCACUGAACGUGGAUGGUACCUGCACUGACGAGACCAGCACGUACUCCUCGAAGCUGAUGGACAAGCAGACCUUCUGCUCUUCCCAGACCACCAGUAACACGUCCCGUUACGCGGCUGCGCUCUACAGGAAAGGUGAGCUCCACCUGACUCCUUUACAUGGCAUCCUGCAGCUGCGACCCAGCUUCUCCUACCUGGAUAAAGCCGAUGCCAAGCACCGUGAGAGAGAGGCAGCCAAUGAGGCGGGAGACUCUUCGCAGGAUGAGGCAGAAGAAGAUGUGAAGCAGAUCACGGUGCGCUUCUCCCGGCCGGAGUCGGAGCAGGCCCGCCAGCGCCGAGUGCAGUCCUACGAGUUCCUGCAGAAGAAGCACGCGGAAGAGCCCUGGGUGCAUCUACAUUACUACGGCCUCAGGGAUAGCCGUUCUGAGUACGAGCGCCAGUACCUGCUGUGCCAGGGUUCCAGUGGGGCUGAGAACACAGAGCUUGUCAAGUCGCCCAGUGAGUACCUCAUGAUGCUGAUGCCACCCAGCCAGGAGGAGGAGAAAGACAAGCCCGUGGCCCCCAGCAAUGUCCUGUCCAUGGCCCAGCUGCGUACCCUGCCCCUGGCUGAUCAAAUCAAGAUCCUGAUGAAGAACGUGAAGGUCAUGCCUUUUGCCAACUUGAUGAGCCUACUAGGCCCCUCUGUCGACUCUGUGGCUGUUCUGCGUGGCAUCCAGAAGGUGGCGAUGUUAGUCCAAGGAAACUGGGUGGUGAAGAGUGACAUUCUGUACCCCAGAGACUCCUCGAGCCCACACAGUGGCGUGCCUGCCGAGGUACUCUGCCGGGGUCGAGACUUUGUGAUGUGGAAGUUCACGCAGAGCCGCUGGGUGGUGAGGAAAGAGGUGGCAACGGUAACUAAACUCUGCACGGAGGAUGUGAAGGACUUUCUGGAGCACAUGGCCGUGGUGAGGAUCAACAAAGGCUGGGAGUUCAUCCUGCCUUACGACGGGGAGUUCAUCAAGAAGCACCCGGAUGUGGUCCAGCGGCAGCACAUGCUGUGGACCGGCAUCCAGGCCAAAUUAGAAAAAGUUUAUAAUCUUGUAAAGGAAACCAUGCCAAAGAAGCCAGAUGGACAAUCAGUGCCUGCUGGGCUGGUCUCUGGAGAUCAGCGGGUCCAAGUUGCCAAAACCAAGGCCCAGCAGAACCACGCACUGCUGGAACGGGAGCUGCAGCGCAGGAAGGAGCAGAUGCAGGCGCCCACCGUCCUGCCUGCUGUGCGGAUCAAGGAGGAGCCCAUGAGUGAGGAGGGGGAGGAGGAGGAGGAAGAGCAGGAAGCAGAGGAGGAAGAGGAGCCCAUGGACACUUCCCCCAGUGGUGGCCUCAACAGCAGGCUGGCCAAUGGGCUGCCUGCUGGGCGGGCAGCGGGUGGGGACAGCUUCAACGGGCACCCGCCCCCGGGGAGUGCCAACAACCCUGUGGCCCGGGAACUGAGAGCCUUCGUGCAGGCCACCUUCCAGAGACAGUUUGUGCUCACGCUGAGCGAACUCAAGCGCCUCUUUAACCUGCACCUGGCCAGCCUCCCGCCGGGCCACACGCUGUUCAGUGGCAUCUCUGAUCGCAUGCUGCAGGACACGGUGCUGGCUGCCGGGUGCAAGCAGAUACUGGUGCCUUUUCCCCCACAGACUGCUGCUUCCCCAGAUGAGCAGAAGGUGUUUGCCCUCUGGGAGUCUGGAGACAUGAGCGAUCAGCAUCGACAGGUUUUGCUUGAAAUUUUUUCCAAAAAUUACCGAGUGCGCCGGAACAUGAUCCAGUCUCGAUUGACUCAAGAAUGUGGAGAAGAUCUGAGUAAACAGGAAGUGGAUAAAGUGCUAAAGGACUGCUGUGUAAGCUAUGGUGGCAUGUGGUACCUUAAAGGGACAGUACAGUCUUGACAAUAGUAGUAAACCACUAACCCCAAUGAAUCCAAGCCUAAGGAAGGACAGCAGAGCCAGCAGAGGUAGAAGUGGAGUCUCAACUUGCUUCAGGAAACACCGAACGAGAAGAGCUGACCAUCGCAUGGCCUGGGGCAUUGCAUUGUCCAGUGGACAGAGGUGAUCAUUCUUAACGGGUUGCAGGGUCAGCUUAAGUUAGAUUGCUCCCAGAAGAGACCAUCUGGGACCCUCUUUGCAGUACAGUUUGAAAUUCCUGAUGUAUUUUGCUUAUUAUUUGGUUUCAUUCUCAUAAUAAAGAGAGUGUAUAUUGAAACGGGCAGGAUGAUGAAAAUCAUGGUUUAAUAUUUUACCUUUUAAACUUAAUGCCAUUGAGGUCUAAGUUAUGUUUACAAGAUGAAGAAAAUCUCAAGGUUUUUAAUAUUUAAAAUGCCUAGAAGCCAAUAUUUAGUCUUGGAUUAUCUAUCUGCUAAGACUUCUGCCAAUUUCAUUAAACAAACCAAAUUAAAUUGUUUUACUGUUGGGUUUCUGCGAACACUUUACCUUUUAAAACAACCUACGUUACAUAGCAGUCUCAACUGUUUACAUGAACCAUAGCAAAAAAAUUAGAAUCAAAUUCAUUUAUUCUUGAUGUUUGCAUAAGGUUGCAAACAAAACGAGGUAAGUAUGGAACAAUGUAUAAGCGAGGUUAUCACACUUUGAUGUAAAAAUUUAUAUUUUGUGUAUUUUUAAAAUAAAUGCUAACACUAAACUGGCACCAUGGUGCUGCUGUCUUCAAAUGGUCUUCAGAUGUUAUUUGUCUAUGGUCUUAAAGCAGUAAAUGUUCUUUAGAGGGAAGGGCGCUAAUAAAGAGCUGGAGAACUCCUUGGAGCAGUGCUGUCCAAUAAAAAUAUUAUGCAGGUCACAUAUGUAAUUUGUAAAUUUUUUAGUAGCCACAUUAAAAAAAAUAUAUAUAUAUAAACAGGAUAAAUUUUACUGUAUUUUAUUUAACACAGUAUAUCCAGAACAUC